UAGAUAGAUAAAAGCUCUCUGGCUAUGGCAGAGCCACCACCCUCCUAAAAUCAGUAACCAAACACUCCUCUUCCAAAAAACGUACAGCAUUAGCAACACCUAUCUGUUCAUUCAAUCAUGGCCCUUUCUAUUGCUUCUACUGCACUCUCAAGUCUCCCAAUAAGGAAAAUACCUGGAAAAGCUCCAGGAAAGAUUGCUACAGGUUUAGCUUGGAAAACUAGUGUGAAUGCAACAAAAGGAGGGGUGUCAAGUGUUUGUGAACCACUUCCUCCUGAUAGGCCAUUGUGGUUCCCUGGUAGUUCACCUCCCGAGUGGCUUGACGGCAGUCUUCCUGGAGAUUUUGGCUUUGACCCACUUGGAUUAGGGUCUGACCCGGAGUUACUCAAAUGGUUCGCACAAGCAGAGCUAAUGCACGCUAGAUGGGCAAUGCUGGCUGUCGCGGGGAUUCUCAUUCCAGAAUGGCUUGAAAGCCUCGAAUUAAUUGAGAACUUUUCAUGGUAUGAUGCCGGUGCUAGAGAAUACUUUGCAGACCCAACAACCCUAUUUGUGGUGCAACUUGUCUUGAUGGGCUGGGUAGAAGGCCGGAGAUGGGCCGAUAUGGUCAACCCGGGUUGCGUUGACAUCGAGCCUACCUAUCCAACUAAGAAAAAACCGAAGGCAGAUGUUGGGUACCCGGGGGGGUUAUGGUUUGAUCCGUUUAUGUGGGGGAGAGGAUCGCCUGAGCCAGUGAUGGUGUUGAGGACUAAAGAGAUCAAGAAUGGGAGGCUUGCAAUGCUAGCUUUUGUGGGCUUUUGUUUCCAAGCCAUUUAUACUGGACAAGGCCCCAUUGAGAACUUGAUGGCUCACAUUGCUGAUCCUGGCCACUGCAACAUCUUUUCGGCAUUCACAUCACAUGUGAAUCAGUGAUGUCAAACUAUGAGCCUUCCUUCUCUUGU